AUAUCGGUCAAUCCGCCACCAGCCAGUUCAAACGUAUUGCUGAAACCAAGCUCUCGUGGAUCGCCCAUUUCGAAAUCGAGACAUCAUCAUUAUCAAGAGUUACCGAAGCUUGAGCGCUCAAAAUGACAGAAGCGGCCUGCAAAGCCUGCCACGACCCCCUCACCCUAACCCUUGAUGCUGAGGAGUCGGGGGACGAAGGCUUGACCGUUCCGGACGACCUUGUCCUCCCGUGCGGCUGCCACUUCCACUGGCAAUGCCUGCUGGACCAAGCCGCUGAGGUAGCCUCCUCGCUCAGCUGCCCCUCCUGCAACAGCUAUCUCCCAUCCCCUACCUCCGCGGCAGCUGGGUCGUCCUCAUCAUCCGCGCAGCCAAGCUUACGAGACACUCCCAUACUCACGACUUACACCAACGAAGGCGGGAUGCAGGAAGACCUAGACAUCGCCCCUACCCUCUUCGAAGAAGCCUUCAUCGCCUCUCACCCGGAAGCUCGCCCGGCCCGCGCCUUGCACACGCUCGCCUCGGAGGGCGACUUGCAGGGAAUGGUGGAGCUGCUCCGGGACCUCGAGGAAAACAUGGAUGACGACACGCCAGUGACCGCGUCGCAGCUCCUCGUAUGGCGGGACCCCCUCAACGACGGGCGGAGCGCGCUGCAUGUGGCGCUAGAGGCGCAACAGGAGGAAGUGGUAUGGUUGCUACUUUGGCUGGGGAGCGCGGCGCGGAGUGAGGAUUUCCCGCCCGCCGUGGUGCAGGCGGCGCAGGGAAUGGGGUUGGCGAGGAGGGAGGCUGGGUCGUUGCCGGUGGAAGAGGAUGUGAGGUUUGUGAGGGACGAGAGGGGGAGGACAGCGGGGGAUGUGUGUCUGGAAUUGGGUCAUCCGUGGACACGGUUGGUUGAGGGCGGGCUGUUUACCUAACGGAGGGAGCACGUGUUAGACAAGUUGAGGGCGGGAAAGGAAGGUUUGG